AUGAGGCACUCAUGCAGUGGUCGUAUUUCUGCUUCAAACUCAGUGGUGAAGGGGGAGGAGGAGGCGACGGAGGAGAAGGCGGUGGAGGAGGAGGCAUCGGACUCGGUGGCGGCGGAGGAGCAGGCGACGGAGGAGGAGGCGACGGAGGAGGAGGCAACGGAGGAGGAGGCAUCGGACUCGGUGGCGGCGGAGGAGCAGGCGACGGAGGAGGAGGCGACGGAGGAGGAGGCAACGGAGGAGCAGGCGACGGAGGAGGAGGCGACGGAGGAGGAGGCAACGGAGGAGGAGGCAUCGGACUCGGUGGCGGCGGAGGAGCAGGCGACGGAGGAGGAGGCAUCGGACUCGGUGGCGGCGGAGGAGCAGGCGACGGAGGAGGAGGCGACGGAGGAGGAGGCGGCGGAUUUGGUGGCUGAAAUACCGUGUCAACCUUGGCGUACAACGCGUUGA